AUGAGUAAUUUUGUGAAACCAGAAAUCGAAGUGGACGUAGAGCGUCUGGAUUCUGACAUCAUAGACGAACAUCUUCGAAACUCAACUGUAGUACUACAUGAUAUUUUAAAGUGUUCGGAAGAAUUAGAGGACUCAUCCACAGAAACCAACGAAGGCCAUAUGUGCCAACACUGUGGUAAAAUCUAUAAAACUAUCAGUACAUUACACGCUCAUUGUCUUUUGAUACAUCCUCAGAAUGCUGUUGAGGGUCAAUGCAUGUCGUGUGACAAGAAGUAUCCAUCGUUGCUGAGCUUGCAAAAACAUAUACGUUACAUGCACCGGUACGAGCACCGAUGCAAGGCUUGCUAUAAAACCUUCGCAACGGCUGAACUUCUCUUUAUGCAUGGUGAAGGCUGUAGUAAAACUGAGACGCCCUGUUCGCAGUGCGGAAAAGUGUUCGAUUCAACUCUUUCUUUGAGAAACCAUAUAAAGUAUAAGCACCCAGAGGAAAGGAACCAUUGGUGCGACUUGUGUCGACGUACGUUCACGACGCAGCGCCGAUUGCUGAACCAUAUCGCGACAAUACACCCACCCGGUGCGACUGACUGCAGUUGGUGUGAAAGGAGUUUCAGCUCAAUAACUGGCAUGCAGAGCCAUAUUUUGUACCGGCACACAGCAGACGGCGCCAAGUGUUUUAAGUGCCAUAAAGUAUUCGCGAAGAAGGUCUGUUUACAAAGGCAUUUAGCUAAAAAUCAUUUCUUUAGUGUACCAGUUAAAGAAGACGACACUGAUAGUAGUGCUUCAGACAAAAUAACGAAAUAA